CAGUAAAGCUGGCGGUCGUAUCGGACUAUCGGUACAUUAGUGUUAGCCGCUGGAGUCGGCAGUCGCGCGUGCAACCUCGGCCGGCACGCACGAUGCUCGCGCACCCACACGCGCUAGCCGCCGCGCUACUCUGCGUCCUCGCCGGCCAGAUCGGCGCCGGCGCCAGCCUGCACUGCGCUCUGCGCCGGGAGAUAUCCCCAUGCACCUGCCGCCGCGAAGACACCGGCACUGGCGCAGUCGUCGUCCUCUGCCAGCGUAUCGCCACCUAUCAGGACAUCGCCCGUGCCCUCACCAACAAGUUCAGCCCGGAGAUCAAGAUCGGCCUCGAUAUCUCCUACUCGGAGAUGAUCGGCAUCGAGCACCACAGCUUCCGAGAGCUCGGCCUCUCCAUCACCAGGCUCAAACUUAACUUCGACAAUCUGAGUGAACUGAAGGAGAGCGUGUUUGCGAAGAUGGACCUUGUGGAUUACUUCAGUUUGGCAGACAAUGUGUUGACGGAGAUGCCGCGACAUGUCUUGAGGCAUCUACCACAUGUCAAGACCUUUGAUCUCUGCAGGAAUAAGAUUACAAAAUUAACCGAAGAAGAUUUCAAAGAUAUACAAGAAGUAGAGCAUCUUGUUGUAGCUGAUAAUCAGAUCUCAAAGAUAGAAAGACAUGCGUUGCCCAAAGCUUUGAAACACGUUCACUUAGGCAUCAACAAACUUAGUACAUUGAAUGGAGCAUUGAGGGAAUUGGAAGAUUUGGAAUGGAUUUUCAUCAACGCAAAUAACUUGAAGUCUAUUGAUAAUGAACUACCCUUGAAAUCCAAGAAACUGGUAUUGAUUCACGCUGCACACAACGAACUACAAAAUUUACCGAAAGAAAUGAAGUUUAUGCCGUCAUUGGAGUCUUUAUAUUUCUACGACAAUAACAUUAAAUAUCUCGACCGCGCUUUGCAAAAUGCACGGAAACUAGAAAGGGUUGGCUUGUCGUUUAAUAAAAUUGAAUACUUGGCGAGCGAUGAAUUUGCAGAAGCGGAGGUUUUAGCUGAUCUAGAUAUUGCUUACAAUCAACUGAAGUCAUUAAAUGGUUCUCUGCGACCUCUCAAGUCUUUACGUUAUUUAAAUCUCACGCACAAUAUGCUGACGGAAUUCUCUUUGCUAGAAAUUAAAGGACUGAAACGUCUGUCAGUUAUCGACUUGUCGCAUAAUAAAAUUGCUCAUAUUAUUGGAAAUAUGGAUAAUCUAGUAGAUGUUGAAACAAUGGUGUUAGAACUACGCCUAGACCACAAUCGUAUUACCAGUCUGGAUGGAGCAUUAAUAAGCGUGCACGGUCUCCUAAGACUUAAUAUAAGUAAUAAUCAAAUAACGCACAUAACAGCAGACGAUCUACUCGGAUUGGAAGAUUUAAAACUCCUAGAUGUAUCAAACAACCAAAUCACAUCUCUUGAUGAAACAUCAAAGACGUUCUUACCAUCGUUGGAGGAAUUGUUCGCACACCACAACAAUAUUACUGGACUAGAUAAUGGUUUCCAUGGGCUACCGUCGCUUUGUAUGGCGGACUUUUCCUACAAUCAAAUUCGUUCGUUAAACUAUAACCUUGCCACGAAAUCACGAUGUACAAUUAACGGUAUACCCAGCUAUCUGAAGAUUUUUCUUCAAGAAAACCCAGUAAUAUGCGACGAUCGUUACUACGAGUUAUUGUCAGUGCUGGAGAAUCUGAACGCGCGCGUCACCGGCGCCGCGGGCUGCCUCACCUCGCAGACGUCGGCGCCGUUAUUAAUGAGGGCUCUGAAUGACAUAGUCCCCGAAACACCUGUCAUUCUCGUGACGCGUAUGGGCGCGGGCGUCAGAGUCCUGCAAGACAGUAGAGAGAACACGGCGCCGCAGCUUGCGUAUCGACGCGUCGGUCCACUCAUCGGACAAAUUCUGCCUGACCGCGAAGGAGGUUUUCCUGUCCUCGUGGAGCCGCCGGUUACCUUGCCGCCUUCUCCUACCGAUGUGGUUAAAUGGCCGAACCAAAAACCUCUGCGAGAAAAUUCCCACCCACUCGCAGACCAUCUCAGCCUCCGUGAUCUGAAUGCAACACACUGAACAACACAUCUUCAAGUCAACAGUGUCCUCACGGCGCUCCCUACCGGAGUGCUUAGGAAUUAUACUGCCACACCUCAAAACGGCAGAACGUUACUAUCUGUCUAAAUAAAUAUUCAAUAGUUACCAAUGGCGGUGUAAAUAAUAUAGGUAUAUAGUAAUUAAUAUUGACUCUGGCAAAAUUUAUACAUUAAAUGCUUUUUGAUAUUCUAGUAAUCGUGUAUCUCUAGUUUCAUUAAUAAAAUUAAUGAUUUACUAUACAACCUUUUGGAUUUAAAGAAUGUGGCUUACUAAUCUUUUUAAUUAAAAAAUCUUUAGCUUAAAUAUAACUCGGCACUCUUUGAUUGUUUAACUCUUGCGCCAAUUAAUGAAACUGUAGGUACCUAAAAUUAUUUAUGUUACGUAAUUUUAUCUUAAAUUUUAGCUGUUAGAGCUAUUUAUAAUAUUGUCCAUUAACACAGCAUUAGACCAUUGAUUUUUUUGCUUCCACUGAGAAUGUAUUUUCCUCCUACUACAAAAUAUAUCACUACUGCCGUUUUUCUGCUGUAACUCUUAUUACUUCACUAAUUUAAUCAAAUUAAAUAAAUGCGAAAACAUAAUCUCCACUUUUCGAAAAUUGACUGUUUGUAAUCUCCUUAAUUAAAUAAUUAAUGUGCAAAUAAGUAAUACAAUAAAU